UAACUGGGACAAAAAGCAAAGCGAAAGGUAGCCAAGGUCAGUUCCCCAUAACUCAGAAUGUGACAGUGGUGGAGGGGGGCACAGCCAACAUGACCUGUCGUGUGGAUUACAAUGAUAACACUUCCCUCCAGUGGUCAAACCCUGCACAACAGACCCUGUUCUUUGGGGACAAGAAAGCUCUCAGAGACCACAGAAUCGAGCUGGUGCGAGCCUCGUGGCAGGAGCUCACCAUCAGAAUCAGUGACAUCAGCCUGUCAGACGAGGGCCAGUACACCUGCUCGCUCUUCACCAUGCCUGUCAAGACCACCAAGGCUUUUCUUACUGUUCUGGGUGUACCAGGGAGGCCAGAGAUCACAGGAUUCACCAAACCUGCCAUGGAGGGGGAUGUUAUCACCUUGACAUGCACCACCACAGGGAGCAAGCCAGCCGCCAACAUCCGGUGGUUUCGAAAUGACAAGGAGGUCCAAGCUACUAAAGAAGUGAACGCUACAGGGAAAUCCUUCACUGUGAGAAGUAGCCUACAGUUCCAGGUGGACAGACGGGACGAUGGCAUCGCCUACACCUGCAGCGUGGAGCAUGUGUCGCUGCUAAACCCUUACAUGACCACGGAGGUCCUGGAGGUCCACUAUGCCCCUCAUCUAGAGAUCUCACACUCACUGAUCGUGCCACAGGAAGGACAGUACUUUAAACUGGAGUGUGUUUCCAUAGGGAAUCCGAUUCCUGAACCAGUGUUGUGGUCCAAAGACGGAGGAGAGCUGCCAGACAUCGAGCGAAUGAUCGUGGAGGGCAGAGAACUAACCAUCACCAUGUUAAACAAGACAGACAACGGCACAUACCGCUGUGAGGCCAGCAACCCACUGGGGACCAGCAGUGCUGAAUAUGUACUCUUUGUAUACGAUCCUAAUGCUCUGGGACAACACGGACCAGAUCACGCUCUAAUCGGAGGUGUCGUCGCCGUCGUGGUCUUCAUCACCCUGUGUUUGAUUAUCGUUUUUGGACGAUAUCUAGCCAGACAUAAAGGAACAUAUCUAACACAUGAAGCCAAAGGAGCGGAGGACGCGCCAGACGCAGACACAGCCAUCAUCAACGCUGAGGGGAACCACUUGCAUGCAGAGGAAAAGAAAGAGUAUUUCAUUUAGACUUCGUCUUGUUUAUCGACAACAUCUGCCAGAAGACAUGCAAUUUUCAGCUGCCUCAGCAUCACUGUCUGUUUCACUUAGUGUUCCCUUGGAGUCUUUGGUCUGCUUAGAUAUGCUUGUUUUUAAAGCAUACGCUCCUUUUGUAUCCAUUGUGUCCAUUUUGGUUUUACAGUGCCUCGAUGCCAGCCAGUACUUCAAUGUGGCAAUAUGGCACUUGUGUGGCUACAAAGUGUGCUAACGGGGGUAUUUACAUCGGCUGGUAUGUAGAGUCCAUGUGGGUCCUGAUGCAAAUUGCCUGUAUGUGGACAGAGCGCAGCGUUUAACCCAUCUGUGCAGAGCAAAAUACAAAACCACAAUGCCCACUUUGUACCCAUAUAGUCUGAGUAAAUCCAUGUGGGACCCACAUGGACCUGCAGGCUGGGCUGUACCUGUUGUUGUUUUACUCUGUUCUCUGUCAUUGAGCGUAUUUGCUCUUUCAGUUCAACAACUUUUGCUUUUUUUAAAAAAAAAGAAAAAUAUUUGAAUACAAGAAGAAUGUGCUUUAAUUCACAACACAGUCAAAACUUCAGUUCAACCACUGGCUGUGUUGGCCCCAUGGAUUUCUCUGUCCCUUAAUGUCUUUUUAAAGAAUUCAAUGGUUUGGAAUGACGCCUGGAGUUUACCCCCCACCCACGGCCCCCUAACCACAGCCAUACUGCACAUUUGCAGUUAUCACAAAGAGCAGACACUUCGACAAAAACAAAACAUAGAAGCACAAUCAAUGGGAUUGUCUCCACAUCACAUUCACUCCCUCCUCAGCUCCUUCUCCAUGUUCCUGUAUUGAUUUGUUUUCAGUUUGUUCCUCAUGUUGUUGGUUUGUACCAAACAGAGAACAAGUCAGAAAAUUAAAGCACAAAGUCUAAGGACUAAUAGAAGGGGAAACACAUCAACUGUCUCAGGAUUCAAUAUGAGUAUGGAUCAUAGAUCGUAUGUAAGAGCUGCUCCCUUUGAAUGACAGUCAAUGGGAACUGCAGGCUUUGUCUCGCUCAAGUGAUGCCAUCAGCUAACAUGUUCUAGAACGUUUUAUGGUUGUAACGCUUAGUUUCAGGUCUUAUAUAUUGAAAUAUAUGAUGUCAGCUGUGUAGGUUUGGACAACAUUGAGAGAACAUGACAAGAUACAGUUAGUCUAGCUACUGAAGGUUUCCAAUGACGAUAACACCAAACAUCAGAGAAUAUGGAGCUGUACUGGCCUGUCAAUCACAGGGCCCUGGACCAGGGCAGAGUAAAUUACAUAUUUUUAAAUUUAUUUUAAUGGUUAUUGCAAAUUAACAUUUUUUUUAUUAUUAUAAAACGGGUGACCUCUGCUCAAGAAGGUCAAAUUGAUCAUCUCUUCUCUGGGCUGUAACUAACCGUAGUGUGGCGCAUCUGAGGACCUUACAGAAAGCUCUUGUUGGUGGUAGUUACAGCUGACAAAAGUGGUGAUUACUAGAGCCGAUACUGAUCCGAUACCCAAGCCCAAAUGCUUACCUUAUCUUUGCCGUAAACGGGAACACUAUCGCCUCAGCAACAGCAGAAUACUGCAGGAGAAAAGAAGGUAUCGGAUUGGUAUCGGGAGAUACUCCAAGUUGCAGUAUCAUACAUUGAAUAGUUAUAUUGAGCCAUCCCUAGACAAAACCUGUAUGAAGAAUACAGUAAAGACAUAACAGCAUUUCUUUAAAAAAAUCCUCUACUAGUCUGACUUAGAAGCCAUUUGGAAAUGUGGUUUGUCUGUAGUAUUACUUCGUGUCAGCAGGCUCCAAAAACCUCUGGCUUCCAUAAAUAUAUUUAUGGAUAGAUAGAUUGACUUCUGCUUCUUCACAUUUUGUGCGUUUGUCUUAAAUAAAUGUCUUGUUUACCAGGAUACUAAAGUCCAAAACAGCCAUGUUAAGGGUUUUCUGUUCCUCACUCGGUGUAGUUACUCAGCGAGCUACUAGUUACUCGUCGAAGAAAAGCCACCAAAUCCACUGAUUGGGUUGUUACUCAUGUGUAUUUCUGUCAUCUCUUUUGAAAGUCUGAUGAAAAAACACGGGUUCCUCUAACAUUACAAAGGACUUGAUGUUUGACCAAAGUGGAGGUUACCAUGACAGCAAACCAUGUUAUUUUUUAUUGUGUUCUGAAUCUUAAAUAGAAAAGAACUUAGAAAAGGGAUCCAGUCCAACUGCUGAAAACUUUAAAAUCUUUAAGAAAAUACGUAGAUUUAGACGUAGCCACAUGUUCCAGUUUUCUACCAUUCAAAAUGAGAAAUAUCUGAAACCUGCGGAGCACUUUCAUUCACUGUUCAAGGCUUUAUGUUGCCGGCCUGGUUUAUUAGGUGAUAGGUACAUCCAUUUCUUAAAUAGGGUCUAUGGUCCAGAGGGGGCGGUGUUGUCAGAUAUAUGAUUUGUGUGUGUGUGUGUGUGUGUGUUUGGGAUACAGUGUGAUAUCCAAUCUGAAUAAAUGGAACUUCGAGGGAGUUCAUUUUAUUUAUUUUAACUUUUAUUGAACAACUAUGCUCAGUGUGUGGAUAUUGCUGUAAAAUACUUUGCCAACGUGACUAAUGGUGAACACUAUUGUUGAAUCUUUAGAUCCCUGGCACAUUACAAUUUGUAUAUUAGCAUAUACAGUAGCUAAAUAUUCCAGAAGUAUUUUUUCCCAUUUACAAACCUUCUGAGGAGUUUGUACACUUCCUGUUUCGAUGUUUAUGUCCGGCCUGUAACUUGGUAAGAAAAGACUUUUCACUUACAAAGUCUGUUCUGUUUGUUAUACCCACUGACCAAUGGCUUAUAUCUACACAGGGGGCGCUGAAGUCAAUUGCAGCACUAAUUAGGUGAGGGUGGGGUACACACAGACAGGGACAAACAACUAUUCACACUUACAUUCAUACUUGUGGUCAGUUCAAAUCCAGUCCACUUUUCCCAAAACUGUUUGAGUGCAAAGAAGUUAAAUGUACACCUGCAGCUGAUGUCAGAUUAUCCCUGGGUCACCUAGCAAAAUGAUUAGGAUAGAAAACUCCAUUAGAGUUCCACACAGAGACCCUUGGUGACAGUAGGGAUAGAAGGUGAAACGGAGGUCAAAGGUCAAUGAUUACUGCUUUCAUUCUCCUCUUCUUUAUAUGUCAGACGCUGUCAGUCGAUGACAGAUGUGCCAGUCAAACAUCCUUUGUCAACAAAGCUAAGCAAAAUCCAAUGGGUUUAUGGAAAAAAAAAACACCUAAUGCCAUAACUGCCGCUAACCUUUGAGUUCGUCUUACUUCUAAUAGUGAAAUAAUAAAAGACUUAGGAGUUGUGUAAAAACCAGGAGACAUUGUUAUAAACCGACAAUCUUCUAGUCAAGUUCCCAACAGAGCGAUUCUUGUAAAGGCUGAGCCUUUACCUAAUUUAGCCAUUAAAAUACUCUAUAAUUGACAUUUUACAGUGUUAUAGCGUAAUUUGUUUUCGAAUUAAUUUUGAUUAUCAAAUAGGUUUAACAGUUGAAAAGACUAAAAAUAAAGUUGUGUAAAUGUUCAAGUCUGUUGCCAAACUACAGGUUCAAGUUGUAUUUCUAUAUAAGGAGGUGUACUAACUUCAAAAAUGGAAUUUGUAUCCUACAGAUGAUUUGCCAUAAAAUGUGUAAAUAGUGUGUAAGUAUUCAAUUCAAUUCAAUUCAAUGUCAGGAAGAGACACUAAUUCAUCCAUUCAUCUAUCGUCCAUUGCUUAAACCUGUUGAGGGUUAAUCUGUAAUAUUUAUUUUGUGUUUGACACUUUGAUGAAAUAGUUUUACACUUUUGAAGAUUUCUUCAAAACAGGGAUUUUCUUGUUUAAUUGCUUAAAAUGUGAGAAAAAACUGAUACAAAAAAAUAAAUGAUCAGAAUAUGUGUAUUUAUUAUGAUUGACAUUUAUUAUAUAAUAAUAUAAUUGUUGAUAUAAUUGCUGUUCUAACUGAAGUAUUUGUCCGACAUAUACCUUUUUUCUUGUUUUUAUUUGGAAACAUGCCUCAUAAAACUACACAAGGAUCACCGUUAUGGCCUUUGAGUUUGCUGCAAACAUUUCCACUAACAUGUCGAGCCACUGGUGAAUCAUCUCCUCAUUGUAAAUAAGGCCACUGUAUUAAAGACAUUCAGGCUCAUCGCUAACGCUCAUAUUUGUUAUUUUGUUCGGUCAAUCUAUACAACUCAUUUUGUACAAAGUUUGAAUUGCUGUACUCAAUUUGCUUUUUAUGGAGAAUGUGUGAGAUUUUCUUUAUUUAUCUCGGUAUUGAGUAUUCUCUUUUCAACUAUGCCACUGUAAAAAAAAGAAAAGAAAAGAAAAAAGAGAGAAAAAAAUGCAGAUUAAAAUAUAAACAACUUGAAAAAUGUCUUUCUUUGUUUUUUACCCAACACUUCCUUCUGUUAUAAAUAACGCACAUAAAUCAACACAGCAGGUAGACGUGUUAGUUUCACACCUGUUAUUUAUAGUGAUUAAUGAAAAUGAUAGAACAGUAAUGUGGAAAACUGUCAAAAACAAUAUGUAAAACUAUAACCAAAAGUUAGCUUUGAAUUUUACAUCAUAGAGUUGCUGGAUUUCAGCCAUUACCGUGUUUCUUGAAGGUAGAUAGAUAGAUACUGUAGAUAGAUAGCUAUCUAGCAAGCUUACUAACUUACCAGCUCACUUGCUGUUUGUCUGUAUAGAUAUUUAUCUAUAUACAUGUAUUUAUUCCAGAAAAACUAACUGGAGUUGUCCAUAUAGCACGACUAUUUUUUUUUUUACUUGUACUUACGUCCUAGCUGCUGCUAUUGUCAUCAGACAUGUUGGAGCAGCG